UAGGGGGGUCUCUGGUUGGGGUCCCUCGGCCCCUGGUCAGGCUCUGUCCCCUUCCAGUCCUCUAUUGUACUAUUGCUGAGUCACAGUGACUCUUGGCUCCAAUCUAAACAGAGUAAUCAGGGGUGGGGGUGACUACGGCUUCCUAUAGAAACUCUUCUCUCUUCUCCUUCUGUUCUAGCAGAGCCUUCCACAGAUCAACAUCUGAGACCAGAAGGUGUCCUCCUCCUCCAUUGUCCUCCUCUAUUGUCCUCCUCCUCUAUUGUCCUCCUCUACUGUCACCAUGUCCAAGAAAGUCAUCACAGUCUUCGGAGCCACAGGAGCUCAGGGCAACUCUGUAGCCAAGACUCUGCUAGAAGAUGGCACCUUUGCCGUCAGGGCGGUCACUCGUGAUGUGAAGAAAGAAGCUGCUUUGAAGCUGAAGGAGGCCGGCGCCGAGGUGGUGGCCGCAGAUCUGGAUGACGAGAAGAGCGUUGAGGCCGCCCUGAAGGGAGCUUAUGGAGCUUUCGUGGUCACCAACUUCUUGGAACAUUUCAGCAAAGAUAAGGAAUUUGCCCAGGGCAAAUGUUUUGCGGACGUGUCUAAACGUCUCGGCCUGACAUUAGUGGUGUUCAGUGGCUUGGAGAAUGUGAAGAAGUUGACCAACGGAAAGCUGGAAGUGCCGAAUUUUGAUGGUAAAGGGGAGGCGGAGGAGUAUUUCCGGGAGAUCGGCGUGCCCAUGACCAGUGUGAGACUCCCCUGUUACUUCGAGAACUUGCUGACCUUCUUCAGGCCACAGAAGGACAAGGAAGGCGAUGGAUACACUCUGUGUCUCCCUAUGGGCGACGUCCCCCUGGAUGGGUUUUCUGUGGAGGAUCUGGGUGGUGUUGUUCUCAGCAUCUUGAAGUCGCCCUCAAAAUACGCUGGCAAGGACAUUGGUCUGAGCACGGAGAAGCUGACGAUGGAACAGUAUGCUGCCAUAAUGACCAAAGUACUCGGCCAGAACAUCAGAGAUGCCAAGCUGACUCCCGAAAACUUUGGAAAGACGGACAUCCCCGGGGCAAAGGAGCUGGUCAACAUGUUUAUAUUCAACAGAAUGAAACCAGACCGUGACAUUGAACUCACUCUUCAGCUCAACCCCAAAGCUAAGGACUUCCAGAGCUGGCUACAGGAGAACAAGGCCGCCUUUGAUAACCUGUGAACCUUGUCCCCUGAACAGACUGCGAAUGGUUCCUCUAAUGUUUCCUGUGCCACGUGGGUCAGACUUUUUUUUUUUUUCCCAUCCUAGGCAAAGACCAAGCCACCUUUCAACUAAAACCAACCAUGACUGUCAUCUGUACUUGUAUUAAUAAAAUGGAUUUCCUGAA